AAUCCACCUCCAAACCUAUAUAUAAUAUUAAUAGAAUACAGGGCCACCUCUAAAUUUUCCUUCCUCAAAUUGCUUUAAUUUCCUUCUGCAACGGAAAAGAAUUCACAGCGACAGAGAAAGAGAAAAGAAAACCGAUCCAGAGAAAGACAUGGGAGGAGGAACAGAAGCUUUCCCAGAUUUGGGUCAACACUGCCAACACCCUGAUUGCCAUCAACUCGAUUUUCUCCCUUUCAAAUGCGACGGUUGCCGAAAGGUGUUUUGUUCAGAGCAUAGAUCGUAUAGGACCCACGAGUGUCCGAAAUCUGACCACAACAGUAGAAAGGUCGUUGUUUGUGAGGCUUGCUCGAUGUCGAUUGAGGUUACCGGACGGGAUGGGGAGGGCGAGAAGAAGAUGUUGGAGAGGCAUGAGAGGUCUGGGAACUGUGACCCCAAAAAGAAGAAGAAACCCACGUGCCCGGUUGGGCGGUGCAAGGAGAUAUUGACGUUUUCGAAUACGAGUACGUGCAAGACUUGCCAGCUGAAGGUGUGCUUGAAGCAUAGGUUCCCGGCCGACCAUGCGUGCAGACAGGCACAGGCGUGUAAGGGGUCGUGGAAUGACAAGUUUUUGGCUGCUUUGGCUUCGAGGAAUGGGAGGGAUUGUUCCAAGAAUGGACGUGGCUCUGCGUCUCCUUCGAGUACCUCUUCAUCCGUUAAAGCAUAUUGAGGGAGACUGAUGAGAGAUUGCGCAUGUUUUCGUUGUACAACUCAUUACUGUUGAAAUAUUCUCUGAUAUUCUUGGUAA